GUGUCACAUCGGCGGCUGAGCCUUUGACGUCCGGCCCCACGUCUCGCCGAAGCCCAACCUUCUGAGCGCAGAUAGGCUCCUGCACGUUACGGGCUGCGCGCAGCCGCCCCAGGAGCGCGUCGUUCUGUCUGCGGAGGAAAACAUCCGUCACAUGGGUCCGCGGAGGAGAGGACGCAACGCUUCCUGAAAUGAUCGCAGGCUCCGCGUCGCUCGCUCCGGCUCUGUAGCGUCGCGUCGCGUCGCGUCGCAUCGCGUCCGUCUCGUUUGCCGCGCGGAUCUCUUCGGGGGAGCGAGCGUCGGCGCCGCACGAUGAUGAGCAAAGUUAAAAACGCCAUGUCCACGCUGGUGGGGGGGAUGCUGCCGCACGGACACCACCACCACCACAACCAUCACCCGGGAGGCGGCCACGGCUGCGACGGCGACAGCCUGCCGCCGCGCUUCCCCUACGGCCGGCCGGACUUCUUGGACCUCACCCCGGAGCUCCUGCAGUACUCCACCGAGCACGCAGCGCGCCCGGUCAUCACGCUCAAGCGAGGCAGCAGGCUGAGCUGGAGGACGGGAUACGCAGAGGUGAUCAAUGCAGGGAAGAGCAUGCUGAACGAGGACCAGGCCUCCUGUGAGAAGCUGUUUGUGAAGAAGCCCAAUGGCAAACACCGUAACUCCACUGUGCUGGAGGACAACGGGGAUGGAACAGGAAUCCCGCUCCACUUUUGGGGCAUAUUUGAUGGACAUGCAGGUUCUGGAGCUGCCAUCAUGGCCUCCAAGCUUCUUCACCGGCUGAUCGCCGACCGUUUGGGGGAAAUCUGCCACCUGCUGGAGAACCCUACAAGCGCCCCUCCCAUAUGCCUGGCCAAGAACGGCAGCCCGUUCCAGGCGGAGGCCAAGAAGGGCGCUGCCCAGGAGCCAGACGACCCAGAAGCUAUCAGCGACUCCACGGUCCGCUUUCACAUGGAGAAGGUCGUCAGUCUGGAGAGCCUGGUGAUGGGGGUCUUAGAGACUGCCUUCAAACAGAUGGACGACCUAAUUGAAAAGGAAAAAGCGUCCUACGCCAUCUCUGGGGGGUGUUGUGCCUUAGCCGCCAUUCAUUUAAUGGGGAAACUUUACGUGGCCAAUGCAGGAGACAGCAGGGCUAUCAUCGUACGAAACAAUGAAGUUAUCCCCAUGACUAAUGAAUUCACACCAGAGUCCGAGAGGCAGCGGCUGCAGUACCUGGGCUUCCUGAGGCCAGAGCUUCUGGGUAAUGAGUUCACUCACAUUGAGUUCCCCCGCAGGAUUCAGCACAGCGAGCUGGGUAAGAAGAUGCUCUACAGAGACCACACCAUGACAGGCUGGGCUUAUAAAACUAUCGUUGAAGAUGAUCUGAAAUUCCCCCUGAUUUACGGAGAGGGGAAAAAGGCUCGUGUCAUGGCAACAAUCGGGGUGACCCGCGGGCUGGGAGACCACGACCUGAAGGUGUACAACUCCAACAUUUACAUCAAGCCCUUCCUGUCGUGCGUCCCUGAGGUGAAAGUUUAUAACAUGGAUGAAAACAAACAUGGCCCAGAUGACGUGUUGGUGAUGGGUACCGAUGGACUGUGGGACGUAACAACAGACCGGGAGGUGGCAGAUGCUGUGUCAGCCUACUUAUCCUGCUGUGACCCCUCGGAUCCCAUGAGGUACACGCUGGCAGCCCAGGACCUGUUGAUGAGGUCUCGAGGAGUCCCCAAAGAGCGUGGCUGGCGGCUACCCAAUGACAGACUAGGCUCAGGCGACGACAUCACUGUAUUCGUCAUCCCAUUGGCAGGACAUGAGUCAGAGACAUGACGGGCUGAUUUGGGGACCACUAUGACAAAGCUGACUCUUUGGGAUCCUUCCCAUUGUCCCUUCAAAGUCUGUUAAAGUUCAUAUCAAAGACUUUGGUCUGGUCAUCACCUCCAUCAACCGCUUGAUUGGAUUUAAUUUAAAUCAACCAAACGCAGGAUCUCUGUUGGUUUGGCUUAGUCAUAAGACAAAAGAUUUUCAGUGACAUUAUUACACAUUGAGUAAUCGCCACCUGUCUCCCAGACUUGCUGUUUGUCAAAAUUGCCAGUGAGAAUUAUUCCCUGUGGUAUUUUUGUUUCCUGUAUGAUCCUGGCUGAACUGCUACUCUAAUCUUUUUGAUGUCAUGCCUGAAAUUUGACUCCUUUGUAAUAAAAUCACAAAAAAACUAAAAAAAGCUGUAACUUGUAAAAUUAACUGCAGUAGAGAAUGUGAGGAAACCAAAGACAAGCUGGAUGUGGAAUAAGAACAAAAAUCUAUAUAUAUAAAAGGCAAAAUCACAAAGUUCAUGUCUGUACGUUAAUGAAGGACGGAGGAGGUCAAAAUAAAACAAGCACUGGACCCAAACAGAAUCAGAUGAGUUUGUGUUGCUGUAUUUUCUCUGUUAGGGUUGGUAAAAUGAAGACACUGAGGCACUUGAAGAUGGUUGCACAUGCUCUGUGAUAAUGUUUUCAUUUCUAAUAUUUUUUUUAUUGAAUGUGCUCAUUUGUUUAUGAUUGUCACUGAACUAGACAUAAAAAAGGGUUACAUUUGCGUUUAGCAAAAAAUGAAGGAACGAGAUCAUUUGUUCACCCAAACUGUAUGUUUAUUAUUUUUCUGUCUUUUACGGAGAGAAUAAACUGUUUUACAUAAAUGUGUUGUUAUAGUAAGAGGUGAUAAAUAACACACACUUGCCUUAUUAGGAGAUGAAGAUUUUCAGAUCUUCAGAUGCACUAAAUUAAUUCUGGCCCUUAAAUGUACUGUAUACAGUAACUCUUUUGUACCAUUUUUGUUAUGUCAUGCUCGCAUUUAGAUUAUCCAUACUGUAUAUUUUUAGAGACAACUUUGAUUGUGACGAGUAUCAGAGUUAUUAUUUUUGUGUUUCCAUAACUGUUUGUUGAGAGAGGAGAUGGGUUAGAAUGAUUAUGUAAGGUAGGCGGAUAAUGUGUGCUACUUUAAAAAUAAAUCAGUUUUUCCUGUU